AUGUCAGCAUACGGCGCGAUCCUCACCCCAUCUCGGACAGCAGGGCCGCUCCCGACCACUCGCUGGCGACUCAAUCCAACCUCUAAAUACGCUCCCCCACCGAAUGCCUACUUGACGAUCCACCAUCUUACCCUAGCCACUGCACGGGCCGUCCCGGGUUUACUGGUUCUCCUGCACAAGGUGUUCGCAGACGAGCUCGAACGCGGACUGACCUACCCGCAAGAGAUCCGCGCGAGUGAGGAGUACACGCUCGAGAUGUUCCAGGCGUACUACUUCGCGGCGGACGUGCUCGUUGCUGUGAUGGGGGAGGGCAGUUUGAGUGUGGAUGUGGUAGAUGGUGAGGACGUGCAGCUCGGGAUCGGAGCGGCACUCAAGGGACGGGACGUGGAGGAUUGCGUUGCCGGAUGCUACUACGUGAAGCCGAACUAUCCGGGGCGAUCUUCUCAUAUAUGCAAUGCCGGCUUCUUGGUCCCCCCUUCGCAGCGCGGCCGUGGCGUCGGCGCUGUUCUCGCCCGCUCCUACCUUUACUAUGCACCUAGGCUUGGAUACGAGGCGAGCGUGUUCAACCUUGUCUAUGUCAACAACACCGCGAGCGUCAGGCUUUGGGAAGCCCUGGGUUUCACGAAGGCAGGGCUCAUACCACGUGCGGGGCGAUUAAAGAAGGUGGACGGGAGCGAGGGCGAGGAGUUCGUCGACGCGUACGUGUUCUACCGUAGAUUUGACCAGUGA